AUGAUCUCAGAGUUGUCGGAUGCCAACUGCACUGAUGUUGGUGUUUAUGGAGCGCCCCCGUUCUGUGGAGGAGGGAAGAGGAACGGUCGCAGUAAGAAAUGGAAGGAGAUGCUAAAACUACCACAUAUCAGCCAGUGUGAGGAGCUGCGUCGCAUUAUUGAAAGGGACUAUACCAGUCUAUGUGAGAAGCAGCCCAUCGGCCGGCUUCUAUUUCGUCAGUACUGUGACACCAGGCCAGAGCUGAAGCGCUGCAUCGAAUUUAUGGACGCUGUGGCCAUGUAUCAGCUAGCUCCUGAUGAGAAGCGGAGGGACUGCGGAUUGAAUGUUUUAGACACUUACUUCAAUAAUGGGUCAGCAGCCCAUUUGCCUGGUGUACCCCAAGAUGUGGUCGCUGGGUGCCGGGAAAGACUUGAACAAAGUCCUUGUAAGGAGCUCUUCAAUGACUGCACCAAAAUAGUUCGUGAUUAUCUAAGUGGCGCACCGUUUUCCUCCUACCAGGAGUCCAUGUACUUUUCUCGCUUCCUGCAGUGGAAAUGGUUGGAAAGGCAACCAGUAACCAAAAAUACCUUCCGACAUUACAGAGUACUAGGAAAAGGUGGAUUUGGCGAGGUUUGUGCCUGCCAAGUGCGCGCCACCGGUAAGAUGUACGCCUGUAAAAAGCUGGAAAAGAAGCGAGUGAAGAAAAGAAAAGGUGAAGCAAUGGCACUAAACGAAAAACGAAUUUUAGAAAAAGUUAACAGUAGUUUUGUAGUUAGUUUAGCAUAUGCCUAUGAGACCAAGGAUGCUCUGUGCCUGGUGUUGACAAUAAUGAAUGGUGGUGACUUAAAAUUCCACAUCUACAACAUGGGCAACUCUGGCUUUGACGAGCAGAGAGCCAUCUUUUACGCUGCUGAGAUCUGCUGUGGCCUUGAAGACCUGCACCGUGAGAGAAUAGUCUACAGGGAUUUAAAACCUGAAAACAUCCUUUUGGAUGAUCGUGGGCACAUACGCAUUUCAGAUUUGGGUCUUGCUGUGCAAAUUCCUGAAGGAGAGACGAUACGAGGGAGAGUAGGCACUGUUGGAUACAUGGCUCCUGAGGUAAUCCAGAAUGAGAGUUACACCUUCAGUCCAGACUGGUGGGGUCUGGGUUGUCUCAUCUUUGAGAUGAUCCAAGGCCAGUCGCCCUUUCGUAAGCGCAAGGAGCGUGUCAAGCGGGAGGAAGUGGACAGACGGGUGCGUGAGGAUCAGGAGGAGUACUCAGAAAAGUUCUCCGAAGAAGCAAAAGAUAUCUGCCGACAGCUGCUGGCUAAAGAUCCUAAGAGUCGUCUUGGUUGUGGGGGUAGCGGCGCCAUAGAGGUCAAGCAGCAUUCUAUCUUCAGGAACAUCAACUUCAAACGAUUGGAGGCAAACAUGCUAGAACCUCCUUUCAGUCCUGAUCCACGUGCUGUGUACUGCAAAGACGUCCUUGACAUCGAGCAGUUCUCCACUGUCAAAGGUGUGAACCUUGACCCCACCGAUGAUGACUUCUACCACAAGUUUGUCACAGGAAGUGUCUCCAUCCCGUGGCAGAAUGAGAUGAUUGAAAUGGAGUGCUUCAAAGAAAUCAAUAUCUAUGAGACUGAUGGGACAUUAUGUCCAGACCUAGACAUGAACCGGCCUAACCCUCCACCAAAGAGAGGCUUCUUCUACCGCCUGUUCAGAAGAGAGGUGUGUUUUAAGAGCGGUUACAGCGAUGAUGAGUUCGAAGAGCCCUCACGACUUUAA